UGAAAAGCUGUGGGCGGGGCACCGGGAUGGAAUGCUAAUUAAGUGAGUCGGUCGGUGUGACGACAUGGUGCGUUGGAGUGCGGACCUGGUACACGUGGGCUGGCGGUGGGAAUUGACGGGUGGCGACUUCGCGGCCGGAACGCGCAGAACCUAACGGAUCCGUCAACGCUACAGUAUUCCGCCGGCCAAUACCGGAUAAUAUCACCCUAGACGAUCGCCACUACCGAACGAGUGCGCUUCGAAUUCUUCUUUCGAACGCAGGACAGCAAAAAUCUGGUCAAAAUGAAUCUUCUAAAUAUGGAUGCCGAAAACCGUGUGGUGCUGAACGUCGGCGGCAUACGCCACGAGACCUACAAAGCAACGCUGAAGAAAAUACCGGCGACCCGCCUCUCCAGGCUGACCGAGGCGUUGGGCAAUUAUGACCCUAUACUGAACGAGUACUUUUUUGACCGGCAUCCUGGCGUUUUCGCUCAAGUGCUCAAUUACUAUAGGACUGGAAAGCUGCACUAUCCCACGGAUGUAUGCGGGCCGUUGUUCGAAGAGGAGCUUGAAUUUUGGGGGCUGGACUCGAACCAAGUAGAGCCGUGUUGUUGGAUGACGUAUACCCAGCAUCGAGACACGCAAGAGACCCUGGCCGUGCUCGAUCGGCUGGACUUGGACACGGAGAAACCGAGUGAGGAAGAAGUAGCGCGUAAGUUCGGUUAUGAGGAAGCCUAUUACAAAGGGAGCGUAUCCUGGUGGCAGCGACUGAAGCCGCAAAUGUGGAGUCUCUUUGACGAACCCUACAGUUCGAAUGCCGCCAAGAUAAUCGGGGUGAUAUCUGUGUUUUUCAUUUGUGUCUCUAUUCUGUCCUUCUGCCUCAAAACACACCCAGACAUGAGGGUACCCGUUAUACGAAACUUUACGGUGAAAACUGCCAAUCACAGUCUGGCCUGGGUCUUAGACAAAACGCACACGAACGCACACGUGGCGUUCUUCUACAUCGAAUGCGUAUGCAAUGCUUGGUUCACGGUCGAAAUUCUGGUGCGAUUCAUCUCAUCGCCUAACAAAUGCGUGUUCGUGAAAUCAUCGGUGAACAUCAUUGACUACAUCGCGACGCUAAGCUUCUACAUCGAUCUCGGGCUGCAGAAGUUCGCGUCGCAUCUGGAGAAUGCGGACAUUCUCGAAUUCUUCUCCAUCAUCCGCAUCAUGCGACUUUUCAAACUCACCAGGCACAGUUCCGGCCUCAAGAUUCUCAUACAGACCUUCCGGGCGUCGGCGAAAGAGCUCACUCUACUUGUAUUCUUCUUGGUGCUGGGCAUUGUAAUAUUUGCCAGUCUGGUCUACUAUGCGGAAAGGAUUCAAGCAAACCCACACAACGACUUCAACUCGAUCCCGCUGGGAUUAUGGUGGGCGCUAGUCACGAUGACCACUGUCGGCUACGGGGACAUGGUACCGAAGACUUAUGUCGGCAUGUUCGUGGGCGCUUUGUGCGCCCUGGCCGGCGUGCUCACGAUCGCCUUACCCGUGCCGGUCAUCGUGAGCAACUUUGCGAUGUACUACUCGCACACGCAGGCGCGCGCUAAGCUGCCUAAGCGACGGCGGCGCGUGUUGCCGGUGGAGCAGCCGAGACCUGUCGUCCGUCUGCCGGGUGAGAUAACUGGUAUUGUAACACCGCCGCACCGCAUCUGA